UAAGCGAGAAUCUUAAGCGUAGCCGUGUCGUUCCACCUUCUUUCUCAAGACUCUUCAUCCCCUCGAGGUUUCUUCUCUCUAAUCUUCGAUCAACCCUCCAGAUUUUUAUCAUCGCGAUAUUCUGACAGCAUAAUCUUUCUCCGAGAUAACCGUGUAAUCUUCUCGGCAAAGGACCAUCGGUCGAUGAAUCUCAUCGAGGACCGUCAUCAAUGAGAAAUUCAGGGGAGGACUGUUUUUGGUAGCUGAGAAGAUGCUUAGAAAGAAAGACUCUCGAAACUCUGUUAGCUAAGAGUACAAAACGAUCUUUGAAAUAUUCAGCAAGUUCAGGAGACAAUUAAAAAAGAAAGUGAUCUUGGUUGAUAAAAGAGAAGAGAAGUAUCUCUCACCGAGGUGUCGGCGAUAGUUUCGUGGAAAAAAGGUUGGUGAACAGGAAGCACGGUAUCCGGAAGUAACGCUGGCACGGUGAGGGGGUCCAGCAACGAGUCCAGCUGUGGAACAGCGAGUUCCGGCAGCGGAAGCGGUGAAGACAGCGGCAGAAUGCAGUUGACAGAAGCCUCGACUCCUGGCGCUGCCGCGUCGCCGGAGUCGGGCGUUUCUCCUCUGACCGAUGCCUACACCAAGAUGACCAGCGAUAUUCUGGCGGAAAGGACCCUCGGCGAUUUCGUCAGCGAGCAUCCUGGUGAACUGGUUCGAACAGGUUCACCCCAUUUGGUCUGCAGUGUCCUACCGGCACACUGGAGGUCCAACAAGACCCUUCCGGUAGCGUUCAAGGUGGUAGCCCUUGGCGAGGUCGGUGACGGCACGUUGGUGACCGUUCGUGCUGGCAACGACGAGAACUGCUGUGCCGAGUUAAGAAAUUCCACCGCACUUAUGAAGAAUCAAGUUGCCAAGUUCAACGAUUUGAGGUUCGUCGGCAGAAGCGGAAGAGGGAAGAGUUUCACGUUGACGAUCACCGUAUCAACCACACCGCCGCAAGUUGCUACCUAUACCAAAGCCAUUAAAGUAACGGUGGAUGGGCCAAGGGAACCGCGAUCCAAGACCAGUGAGUAUCACUUGUUGUCUCUUUUAGGGCAACAGCAGCAGUUCCACGCGUUUGCGUUCGCUUCCCAGAGGGGUGGUCCAUUUUUCGCUUCCCCUUUGGUGGAUCCUCUGCAACCCUUGCCGAACCUUCAACCGCUGUCGAAUCCGCUACCACGGAAUCCAUUGUCCUCGUUCAGGCACACGAUGCCUGGAAACUGUCAAAACAUGUCCCAGUUCGGUCUGACUGCAAGUAAUUCAUGGGGAUAUGGGAGCACGGCUGGUUACGCUGGUUAUCUUCCUGGCCCUUUGUCGUCGUGCGCGGCACAGGCGUCGUUCCCACCCCCGCCACCGCCACCUCCACCUCCACCACCACCCCCGCCGUCAUCGUCAUUGGCGUCUUUCGCGGGCGCCGCGUCUAUGAACACACCGACGGCGCCCGAUUCCACAGCGGAAUCCACUGUCACUUCCGGUACCGGUGCGGGAUCCACGGCACAGCAGGAUGCGUUUUCAGCGGUAUCUUCUCUGGUGCCAGACUCGACGACGACGGGUCAAUCCGAUUCACUGGAUCCACUGAGCAGCCUGAUGUCUGGAACGUCGAUCCGGUACCAGGAGUACAUGUCACCGAGAUCCCUGUCGACGGACUCGAGCACCACGGAAAGUCCGGUACACGAGGAGCAAGCCUUUGGACAAAAUUAUGGCAACUACUUUCCAACUUCCGGUGUUCUCCCUAGCAUCCUGUACUCUCAGCUGUACGGGAACCAAUUCCAAAAUUCUGAGAGCCCCGAACAGAGAGCAGUGACGGACAGUUGCAGCGUCAGAGAGGGAGAAGUCAGACCGGACAAUAACGUGUGGAGGCCUUAUUGAAACAAAGGUCUUCUUCUAGGAAUUUCGUCGAACGAGCCUCUAUCGUAGGGUAUCGUCAUCUUUUUUCAUUGAAAAAAAAAAAAAAAAGAAAAGAAAAGAGAAACAAUGAAUUAUCGUCGACGAGCAAAACUGUGAUCGGUGAGAUGUGCUGGCUCGAUACGAAACUAGCUACUUUUAGUGGGCAUUAACGAACGAAAGAUUUGGAAACAUAACAAGUUACGGUAUUAUGGUGCAGGUUCGGUGGUGAAACGAAUCACGAUCCUUUCGCUGGUUGUGUCUCAACGAAUCUCCAGGGUGGAUCUUUACCGACUCGUUCGUGAGCUGCCUUACCACGAGGGUGGAGACUACUUUCUUAAGGGUGGCGAGAAGAAAGAGGAUUGGAAAAAUUCCCCUCUGGAAAGGGGUGUAUAUAUCAACCAAGGGAUCACGUGUUGCCGCUCGCUGGAAUUAUGGCCAAACGAUUUGCAUGGAAAUGGGAAGACUUCUGUGUAGAUCAACUCAACCAGGAAAUUCGAACAAGAACUUGCGAGUAUACAAGGUGCUGCCCGGUCUGGCCGUAAAGGGAUGUAAGGGUCGUGAAGGUGGAAGGAGGUUUGGGGGUAGCUUAUUAGAGGCACGACAGCGGGUCGAGCUCCACCUUGAAACCUCCAACCAACCGCCAUCCUGCCGUGAGUCUUACCACCUUGCUUCCUUCCAUCCAGCCGUCGCCUUUCCUAUCUUCUCUCUCCACAUCCCCUUUCCCUUAUCGUCUCUCCCUCUUCCUCUUCUGCUUCUAUAUAGUUCAAGCACCGUGGAAACGUGGCUGAACAUAAAGGGUCGCCUGGGACCGUCGUACUUGCCGUUCGUCUUUAAUCUACGAGGUCACCAAGCAACGACAACGACGACGACGAAGACUACCGUCCUCCAAAUAAAUGAGCACGAGCUGGGCGAAGAUGUAGAGGAACAUUCGAAAGGGCUGGUAAACAGGCGAUAGGUCUCCCGAUCGUCGCGGAAGGCGACGACAAAUUCCUCAAAUAUUUAUCUGUCUUUCCCUACAAACCCUUCAAUCGUCGCCGCCCCCAAACGCCACUUCCGUUUCACGCUCACAGACUGUGUCAACGCUGACGCCUAUCGACGUAUGACAAAUACCUCAUCCCAGAUGCUUGCACUUUCUGUCAGCCCUGACAAGCGGGACAAAAGGACGAGUCGAAGGGAAGAAAAGAUUGCCGUUAAUUGUUAAACUUAGAUGGGCGGUCGUCGGCAAUCCCGCAGUCAGGACUUGGAAGAAAAGAGACGAGAUAGGUUGGCGGUAGCGACGAUUGAGAAAGGAACAGAGGACCGAGGUGAGAAGGAGACGAACCGUUCGCGUUUGAGAGGGUAGAAAAUUCGCCAGGCAGGGUGUAGGAAUCGAGACGGGAGAAUCGAGAAGUUCGAGAGAGGGAUGGAAAGGCGGGAAGCCAAGACGCGACACGAACACUGGAUUGGGUUACCGAGAUAAUUAGAAUGAUGAUUAGGAGCGAAGCACGCCUCGUUGACCAAUUCUUUCCCAAACCCUUUCUCCCAGACGAACUCUCUUUGCGAAAAGAUCAACUUUCUUUUUAAAGGGUAACGAGCUGAACAGGAGACGAGCUCGUCCGUCCUAACGCGUUAACAGUCACUCGACCCCAAAGAUGAUCAAUCGAAAUUCAUCGAACAGCAUGGACAACCAUAGGCGAAAUCGCUCUCGACAAGCUUCUACCAGCAAUAUUACAGCACCCCAGUGACACAUUUUUACGUUUCUAAGCGUGAUUGGUCGUUUAACUUGGUCCCCGUGAGAUCGCUUGACCGAAUAUGGGUAACCAUCGUAAAAAAAGGUAAGGAGCAGUUCCAGAACACGUAUCAGACAAUUGGACUUGACUUCGAAGAUUCUUCUUCUCUCGGUUACGUUUACGUGCUCGACGCUGCUUAGCUCCAUCCGCGUUGAAGUAGAUGUGAAUAUUUGAUCGGUCCUUCAACCUUCGCCUCCUUCGCCCUCCCACAACCUUCGCCUCUUACCUAACCCUCGGUCCCAGCUGCGGUGAAUUAUUUAACGCCCCCAGGGACACCAGUUACCAGCUCUGUAUCCAUGUGUCAGCGAGAUUUUUCAAACUCUUUGUUCGCCUACCAUUGUUCUAAGCGUCACCAAUGACGCAAUGGGUCAUUAAGAAAUAGUUUACUAAUUUUUAUACCGUUUAUCGUCGUAGAGCCUUUAUCGAUGGAUGAAUGUAAAAUGUUCAGCUCAUUAUUCCUUCUUUAAAUCUUAAUUUUUAUUUCAUAGAUGAUUUUAUUAUAUUAAGCGUCAUUUUAUUAUAUUAGUUAGAUAUAACGAAAUGUAAAGUGCUGUACUGUUCGAUCAAUAUUGUUAAAAGAUUAAAAAAUCAUUUUCAAAUAGGAGGAAUAUAUGUUUAAGAACGUCAUGGAUUUCAUGGACACACGCAUUCAAACGAUACAAUUUGCUUUCAUUGUUUUCGACGUCAAUGAAUUCGUGCAAAUGAAUAUGCGGUGGAGCGUGCAAUCACGUUUAGAUUGCUUUAAUUAAUCGGCAAGUACAAGGUGAAAGACAAGUUUGGAAUGUUUAACAGCCAUUCGGUUUAAAUUAAAUUAUGCUGACCUACAUAGAACAAAGAGACCACGUACAGCGAUCUCAUACGGAAGAGUAUAGAAACUUUUAAAGAAAUCAAUGCAUCGAAGAGUAUAAUGUCAAAUAAAAUUAUAAACUUGUA